GUAGCAGGCAGGACCUUUGUUCUUCCCUCUUUAGGUGUUUUCUCUCACUUGUACUUGUCUAAAUUCUAUGGAUUAAUUUGUGAUUGUUAAAGAAGAAAUGGGUUCAUGUGUUUCAGUGCACAAAGAUCCUCAAUUUCGUCUUGUUUUUGGGUCCAAAACUGCUCAUCAUACCCCAUCACCUCUCCAACAAAAACCCACUCAUCGAUCUUCACCGCCUGUUGCUGCCUUUCCUGAUUUUGGUAGUAAGGAGGAGACCUUCUUUGAUUCCCAGGCUUGGCUAGAUUCUGAUUGUGAAGAUGACUUCCUUAGUGUGAAUGGAGAUUUUACGCCUUCUCGAGGGAGUACUCCUGUCCAUCCCAGCUUGGCUGGAAAUUUAAAAGGUAACAGAGAUGCCCCUGCUUCUUUUCAGCAAUCACCGCCACAGGAAAAAAAGAAGAGAUUGUCUGAACUUUUCAGUGAAAGCUUGAGAAAUGAGCUCAAUGAGCAAAAUGCCAUGAAUACAAAAAAGGAAACUGCAUUUACUGGUGAUCAAGUUCCACCAAAAUCCACACCUGGGACACCUUAUGCGUCUGUGUGUAACAGCGAAAGAACCCCCAAUGGAGAGCUAAGAUCUGAUGUCAAAUCAUCAAAGCCAGCACAAUGUUGUCUUCCAAGGUUACUCUCAAGUCGUAGCUUUAGUGAAAGGAGGAAAAGAAUGAGCCCAGCACGUACUGUUGGCUGAUAACCCGGCCAGUAAGUUGUCUCUCUUAAGGUAUAUAUAUAUAAAUAUAUGUCUGUGUUUUAUGUGCAUGUUUAAGGUAUAGAAUAUGAACUUUGAUGGUCAGUAUAACUUAAUGACCAUGAGAAUUCGGCACAAAUACACAGAUGUGUAGAGUUCUGGUAUGUUCAUUCUUGAAUUUGGCUUUUUUAUGUAUAAAGAUAUAGAAAAACUGCUUUCCAAUUAAUCAACAGUAGUUCACUUUCUUGUUUA